AUGUCUGCGGCCCCCGCCGGUGCGCUCUACGCCGCCCGCUGCGUCGACAAGCCAUCUUCCUCCGCCCUGCGUGCCGCUACUCGUCCUGCCCAUCUCGACUGGAUCGCUGCUCAAGAAUCUCUCUUUCGCUUUGCGGGUCCCCUGCACCCCCCUGACGCCACGUCCCAACCUAUCGGCUCCCUUCUCAUUAUGCACGGUUCACCUCCUGCCUCUGCCGCCUCUAUCGAACGCUAUCUCUAUGAUGAUCCGUAUGCCAAGGCAGGCCUUUUCGAGUCUGUUGAUGUGCGACGGUGGGUUUGCGGCAUGGCUUCCACCGCGCCCCUGCCGGACAAUUUGUUCGCUGUUUGGUGUCUGGACAAGCCGCAAAGUAGGGCGCUGCGAAAGGCGACACGGUCCGCUCAUCUUGACUGGUGGCGCGGCGCGGGAAGGAGCGGCAUGAUUGGGCCGUUUCCGGCGGACGAUGGCGACGGCGCAGUUGGUAGCUUAAUUGUGUGUGAAGGGGAAAGCGUUGAGGAAGUCGCCCAGUGGGCUAAGACGGAUCCGUAUAGCACGGCUGGCCUUUUCGACUCUGUUGAAGUGCACUCGGUGCUCAAAGCGGUAGAGGAUGGCAAGUUUCUGCUCGGAGACGUCCCAAAGUAAAUUUGGGCGCCUUGUUUU